CAAAAGCCACCAAGUCAGUGUGUUGUCUGACAACGAUGGGGGAACCUUUCCUGAAGUGAUAAGCAGCAGAGCAUAUAGGGGACUAACUGUUCUGAAGGAGGCCUCUAUGAUGGGCCAAGGCAAGAAUGGUGACAAAAGCACAACAAAUAUCUUGGUUUCAGUAAAGGCUUUUUUUCAGGCUGAAGUGGAAUUCACCAUCCAUAAAAAAAUUCAGUUCUCUAGAACAAGUGGUCAAAAGAAUAAAAUAGGUUUGCCAUGUUUUAUUUUUAAGUUCUCUCAGGACUACACUGUUUGAUUGUAUUUUAAAUGGUUCUUGCUGAGAGAAAAAGUGCUGAAAAUGGGGGAUCAGCAGACGUAUAAAACAAACCAUAUAGUUAACAAUAGUGAAAAUGUAUAUUACCAGCAGCAGCACUUGAGUCCUCUGGCAUCUGCAAACCACAACUAUGGAUCUUCAGCCAUGCACACGUCUCCAGAGUCUCCCCUCUCUCCUUCAUUCCCUCAUGAUGCCAGGGAAAACAUCUCUUUGAAUGUUGGGCCCAAAGGCCUUGGGCUAAUGGAUUCUCCCAGGCAAGCAGACUGGGCCCAUUUGGCAUCUGGAAACCACCUCCCCAUAAGAAACAGUCAGCAUGUCAUGUGGAACCCAAUGGCUCAAAGCGAACCGGUUGAUGGCUUUGACCAUCUUUGUUCCCAAAGCAAUGACCUCAGAUCACAAAAAAUUACCAGUGGAGUUUUGCAUAAAUUAGACUCUUUUGCCCAGGUGUUUGCUAGCCAAAACUUAAGAAUCCAAGUGAACAAUGUUUCUCAGCACAUUCAGGCGCAGCCUCCAGUGAUGGAGAAUGCCGGCGAUAGUGCACUUCGACAAUUGCUAUCUCAGAAACCUGUGGAACAACAACUUGUGCCUAGAUACCAGCAGAUGCCACAGCAAGUCCAUCCCGGAUUUGGAAGUGCACAGCAAAAGCAGCAGAUGCAGUUAAUGCAACACCAGUCCUCUCUUUAUUAUGACAACCAGCAGCAUGUUGCUCACAUCCCAAUGCACUCUGCCAUGCACCAGGGACAGGCCCACUUGCAGCAAAUGCAUUCUCAACAUUUGCUGCCACCGCAGCUACAGCAAGAUCAAUACUAUCUGCAGCAGCAGCAACCCCAUCAAGGACAGCACAGGCUCUUGGUACAUGAGAUGCAGCCUCAGCAGCAGCAACAGAGACAGUGCCCCAUGCAAACAGCUCAGUAUUAUCCAAUACAACCUAUGAUGCAACAAUUACAACAGCAGCAGCAACAGCAGCAGAUACAAACACAGCUUCCUCCCUAUCACAGGGAUACUAACCAGAAGUCUCUGCACGAACCUCAGCAAUACUCCCAAGAUCGAGGUAAUUCCAUGCAGCUUAUACAGCUAGGAGCAGUCCCUCCGUAUUUCUAUCAAGAUCAGCAGCAGCCCUUCAAACAUUUGUAUCCACAAAGUGUUCUGCAGCAGCAACAGCCAUCUGCUGAUGCCAGUCAGCCCGAUCAUUAUCAGAGUGAUGGUAACACUCCGGCAUUGAUGGAUGAGCACCUGGGACUCCCUAUGGCAGAGGGGACUGAAGAUCCAGCACCACAGGGCCUGGAUUCUGUGGACAGCACAAUCUCCCAACAAUCUCUUAGACCUUCAACAAGUGUUCAGAUGAGUAACAAAAGACCCCAGCAGUUGUCUCCCAGUGCAGUGUGGCCACAGCAGAUCCAGUUACUCGAUGGCAGACUUCCGUCAGUUUCUCCUGAACAAAGCAAUGUUUGUGAUAAAGAAACAUACAUUGAAAGAUCCGAAUCAAAGAGCAAACUGAUGACGUGCUCUGUAUGUUUCAAAGAGUUUAAAAGUUUACCUGCUCUAAAUGGUCACAUGAGGUCUCAUGGAGGAAUACGGGCAUCUCCUAUCUUCAGACAGGAGGAUGGGGAGAACCUGCCACAGCAGCACCAGCAGGAACAGCUGCCCUCCGAAGUGGAUAGCUUGGCGCCUAUCGUCAUGCCUGUGUCUGUCCCUGUAAAGGUUCUGUCGCCAGAGCCCACCAAGCAAGCCAGAGAUGGCUGUGCCCUGGUCAAAGACAAGCCUGUCUCAGAUGAUGAGAUGCCUGUCCUUGUGAGGAUGAUCUGUUCUCCAGCACGUUCCCCUAACGCCAUCAGCCUGUGUACCUCUUCUGCUGUGCUGAUGUACUCAAAGAGUGGAUCCCAGGAUCCCAAUAGAAAGCAUCACCAAAGCAUCACCAACUCUGAAGAAAAUAUCAAAUCUUUUCAAGACAAGAAAAAAUACCGCCACAGACCCGAACCACUCUUCAUACCACCUCCCUCCUUCAAUCUCAGUGCAUCUCACUCAGGAGCUACUCUAUACCAAAGCCAACUUCGUUCUCCCCGUGUCUUAGGAGACCAUCUGAUUGACAGGACUCAUAAUCCCCCACCUUAUACACCACCUCCCAUGCUUAGCCCCAUACGGCAAGGAUCUGGUCUCUUCAGCAGUGUCAUCAUAUCUUCUCAUGGUACAUCUCAUCCCCAGCUGCCCCUUACUCCACUGACACCCACCCCCCGGAUUCUCCUCUGUCAAUCUAAUAGUAUUGAUGGAAAUAGUGUUUCUGUGACCCAAAGACCAGGAGAACAGACUAUUCAUAUUGAACCGUGUAUCAACAUUGGCUCAAGAUUUCAGGCUGAUAUCCCUGAACUUAAAGAUAUAGCAUUGGUGGAGAAGGAGAAUCACAAGGCAACUUUAGUUUGGAAACCAUGGCCAGAACUGGAGGACAAAACUUUUGAACAAAGAGUGACCAAUCUCUUAAAUAUGUGCUGCUCGAGCAUAUUAACUGGUGGAGGAACCAACAUAGAAUAUGGUUUGCAUUCUCUCUUUGAAGCUAAAGGAAAUAUUAUGGCUGCUCUGGAGAUGCUUCUUCUUUUGAAACCAAAAAGAGCAAAAUCACACCCUCUAGCCAAUUAUCAUUAUGCCGGUUCCGAUCAGUGGACACCCUUUGAAAGAAAAUUGUUCAGUAAAGCCCUGGCAACAUAUGGCAAAGAUUUCAUUUUUGUGCAGAAAAUGGUGAAAUCUAAGACAGUCGCACAGUGUGUUGAAUACUAUUAUACAUGGAAGAAAAUCAUGCAUUUAGGACGACGGCACAGAACUCGGCAGGCGGAAGUAAAAACCGAAUGCCCAACAAGCGGUGAAGAUGAGGAAAUGGAAGGUGAAGAGCAAACUGAAGAAGAAAAAGCAUCUGUAAAAGAAGAGGAUACAGAAAUUCAGAAUUCCCCUGACCCACCGUCUAUUGCUGUUGCAUCACCCAUUAACUCUCCUUCUCUGCAAAACCUCGGACUACCUGCAGCCUCUUUUAUCUGUGAAAUGCCAGACUGUGGGGCUGUCUUCACUUCCAGACAAGCCCUGAAUGGCCAUGCACGUAUUCAUGGUGGUACUAAUCCUGUGGUCAAAAGCCGCUGUGGUACUAAACAGAAGUCAAAUUCUCAGAAUGACUAUUGCUCUGUCAAGAGUUCCCCAGCUCAUAGCACAACAAGUGGUGAGACAGACCCACCUACAAUUUUCCCCUGUAAAGAAUGUGGCAAGAUAUUUUUCAAAAUCAAAAGUCGCAAUGCUCAUAUGAAGACCCAUCGCCAGCAGGAAGAACAACAGAGACAAAAAGCCCAGAAGGCUGCUGUUGCAGCUGAAAUGGCAGCCACAAUUGCAAGGACUGCUGGAUCACCAGGGCACAGCUUGAUUCCCCUGGAUAAUUUAGAUUUGAUAAAGCAAGUCGAACAGGGAGACGACCUUGGCAGCGAUGUUGUACAGGAACUGGGAGAAGUAAUUGACAGUGCUGAAGUGAUAAACCCCAGCCUCUUACUGGAUGAAGAAGAAUCAGAGUUGCUUCAGGAUGAUGUUGAGCUGUAGACAAAAUGAGCCACAUCUGUAACAUUACAGAUACCAGUUGAAAUCAGUUUCCUCCAGUGAAAAGACUAUAUUUCUCACUUCCCUUUUAUUUUUAACUAUUUCUAUAGCUGGAUUCUUAAAUCCAAGACUGGCUGAACACAUCUGUUUUGUGACGUUCUUUCUUUUCUUUUCUGUUUUAAAAGUGGAGGGCAAUUGUUGUUUUCUAAAGGAAUCUUGUGUAAUAUAUUAGAAUCAAAUAUUCUGAAAAGUCCAUAUAUCUUAAAACUUUCAAAAGAAACAUCAUAUUAUUUCAAUUCCUCAGGAGACUUUCUUUUGUUUACCUCUGUUAAUUCUAGCUUCAAAAAAGCCUGGAAUAGGACUAUGAGAUGGCAAAAAUAAGUCAGUGAUACCUGCAUCUUCAACCCAAGAUGGACAUGGAAUAAAUUGUUAGUAUCUGGUGAUUUUGGACUAGACCAAUCUAAUAUGGUCCUUCUGCUUGGGCCUAUAAUCUAAUUCAAUUAUUUCCUCUCACACCAAAGGUUUGACACCAAAUGAAAAUUCUGAGGAGAUCUUGAUUGUCUUUCCUAACAAGAUUUAAAUGGAUGUUCUGUUUGCUUGGGCACAGGCAGAUUGAUAGCAAUAUAUCCUGUUCUGCUUUACUCAGAUCUGGAAGGAAGAAACAACCAUGAAAUCAGAAGGAAUUACUAGAUCAGAAGUGUCAAACCCAAUGUUGUCGCGGGCUACGUUGGGAUUUUGUUUGCCCUUGGGGGGCCAGGGUGGGUAUGGUCUGAUCCUUAUUGCUGACUGGAUGGGUAUGGUCAGGCCCGGGCUGGCAGGGGUUAGUCCCUUGCCAUCUCUAGGAUGGCCCAUGGGCCAACUCCGUGGCCUGUUGUGGACCAAAUCUGGCUCUUGGGCCGUGUGUUUGACACCACUGAACUACAUCAUUCCUCCAAGCAAAAGUUUUUAUUAUCACCAAAUCUAAUAUGUAUACAGUUGUUUCUUUUCAAGUGUUCCCAUAAUCAUAAUGCAUACUUCAGAGCUUCCAAUUUAGGAGAUUCAGGAGGAACAGGGUCAGCGAAUGUAGGAACAUUUGGGAGAUUAUAGAUAGACUUUUGAUUUUACAGUGACAGAAUGGCUGAAGCAAACUCACUAGCUUUUCAUAAAAAUAGAUUCCUGGAUUGCAUGUAAAUUAAUGAUAGAUGUAAUGAAGUAUAGCCUAUUUAUAUAGUAAAUCAGUUACUAAAAAAGUUGUCGAAAACAUAGGUACAAUAUGCUAUCUUUAGGUUCACAGCAGUGUUUUCCUGAAA